AUGCCGGAUCUUCGUCGCCAAAUAUUUGAGAGCGGCAAGACCGUCUCUCGAAAGGCAGCUUCUCGUGAAGCCUCAAGAACCAACUCUCACGCAAGCUCCAAGCAAACUUCACGUCAAUCUUCCCGAGCUGCAAGUAGGCAGCCAUCCGAUGAUGAAGAUGCUGGAUAUCUUUCUGAUGAUACAGCUAUGAGUAUCGGAUCACUCGAUGACGAGAACCCAGAGCAAGACAACGUCGACUGGCCACAGGAACUAAGCGAUCGAGUUCAAGAACUUCUCGAUCGCAAACGUUCCAGCGUCCAGGGCCGCGAAGAAGCCUUGGCAGCAUUCUGCCGUUUAACGAAGUACCAUUAUGCGGAAGAGGAGCUUCGCGCCUCCACCAGCGAUCUACUCAGUGCGUUUGUGAGAAGUACUCGAACUGACUCCAGUACCCGGGAAACGACCCUGGCAUUGCGAGCCAUCGAGCUCCUUGCCAUCACCACCAGUGACGAUAAGAUCUUUGAGAACGCCGAACCCAUCUUAACUCGUACAAUUCGUGACUCCUCUUCCAACACAGUAAAGGCUGCAGCGAUCCAAUGUCUCGGUACUUGCACGAUCUUCGGUGGUGCAGGUGAAGAUGGAAUGCUCGAUCAAAUGACAUUUCUCUUGGACGUUGUAGCCUCGGACGGACAAUCGAUUGACGCAAGCGACGAUCCAACCAGCGUGACCGCUGCACUGCAAGUAUGGGGAUUCCUCGCGACAGAGAUCGACGACUUCGAGGGUGAAAGCGAAGAAGCGAUUCAGAUAUUCAUCGACCAAUUAGAAAGCGGUGACUCGGGAGUUCAAAUCGCUGCAGGCGAGAACAUUGCCUUGCUGUAUGAAAAGAGCUACACACCCCAAGAGGACGAUGAUGACGAAAGCAACGAGUCCGAGGAUAGCGACGAACACGCCACUACCGGGAAUGGACCCAAGCUUAUCAAGCGCUACAACGCCUAUCACAACACCCCUGAGCUAGAACGCCAGCUCCAAUCAUUGGCAAGCAUUCAUUCCAAGCGAAUCAGCAAGCGCGACAAGAAAUCUCUUCAUAGCAACUUUGCCUCCAUUCUCACAACCGUCGAGAACCCACGACGUGGACCCCGUUACAACAUGGCCAUUGAUCAAGACACCAACCGCCACUACGGAAGCACCUUGACUGUCAAGAUCGGUCGACACGGCAUUAUGAGCAUUGACCGGUGGUGGAAGUGGACUCGGUUAACAUCAUUGCGUCGAAUCAUGCAAGGUGGGUUUGCAGAGCAUUAUUUUCAGGGCAACCGCUCCGUUCUGGACAAUUUACCUGUUAUGCUUCGAAGUGCUAGUUCUGGUCAAAGAACAGUAGACCGUGAGAGUGCGAAGAAGGCUGCUAAGAUCCGCAAUUCGCGACGAUGGACAGCACAACAUUCAGAUGAUGAGGACUGA